AUGCCACCUCCAAUAAUGAAGCACUCCAAGACCUGCCCUGGAGUUUCAGCCUAUAUUCUGAGCUCGAAUCCAGAUGUGGAUCUUAAAUCUGCAAUCGGAGUUAGUUCCAUCAUCGCAGCAGAGAACAUCAAAGUCACAAGUGUUAUGGCUCCCUCUUCAGGUUUUGAAAGAAACCAGAAAAACAAAUCCGAUUCAGUCGGAAAAAUUUACCCACUUGCGCCCCUUUUUGCAACUGAAUGUGGUUACACUAUCUCCGAGGAUCCAUUUGGUAACGUUGAUUUACGUGCCUCUGUGAUGGCAUGUCUAGUGGAGAACCAGGGGGAUGAAAUGUUUACACUGACGGUCCAAAUUCAAAUCUCUGCAACCAGUGACAUGACUGCGGCUCAAACAUAUCAACACACCAUGAAGUGCUCAUAUUAUCCUUGGAUGACCAGGGAAAUCCUAUGUGAAAAAAAUUACAUGGAAGUGUCUGUACAAAGGAUUAUACCAGGAAUUGAAGAUGAUUACCAUGAAGACUGGAUAGCAGCCAUUCCAUCAGCCCAAGAAGCUGAAAGUGCAAUAUGGCAAGUUGUAUUUCACCUUCUUGAAGGAAUGAAAACCAUGAUGGUGAAUGAGACAACUGAGCUUGGCUAUAGAAUUGACACAACUGUAGCUCGACUUGUAUUGAGAGCUCCAUACAACACAACAGAAGUUGAGCUGAUGAUGAUCCACGGUGUGUCAGUAUCUUCCAUCAGAUCAACCACCUUCUACAAACAGAAAUGGCUGAUUUUCUUGAUUGAUACAGCUGUAGCCUGUCCUGUUGAUGGCACCACCUUCACACAGAAUGCAAUUACUUGGACAAUUCCAAGAGCAAUUCCUCCACUGAGUCUUGAAAUUGAAAAGUUCUUUGACAAUAGUAUCAUUCUAGGAGUCAACAAUACAAUUCUGGAUCAAACCACAAUAACCAAGAGACACUAUACACUAGAGUAUAAUGAUACAAAUAUUGUUGCUACCAUUCCUGUUGGAGCAGAGGGUGGAUAUUACAAGAGCUAUGUAUCUGAAGGACAGUAUGGUAUCAAAUAUUACAUAGAUCUGAUGAUGCAACAUCAGUGGAAGGACGACACCUGGGAACUGACCAAAUACACAGUGAUUCAUCCAGUUGUUACUCCCUUCAUGCCUCAACCACUCAUUGUGAUCAAUAACACCAUUCCAGAAACACGAGUCUUCAAUGUUACACUUGGAUAUUUUCUUCAAGAUGUAGACCUCAUAACUGUAACUAUAGGCAUGAAAAUAGUUACAGUGGAUCAAGUAGACAAAAUAGGAUUCAAAAUUUAUGAAAUUGCAUUACCUAACAAUACUAAAGCCUACAUAUUGGAAGUUCCCUUUGAUAACAUACAUAUACAGCAAAAGCAUGUACAUUCUGACACUAGACAGUAUAUCAUUGAUGUAAUCUACACUUUGACUGUCCUGCCAGAAAAUGAUACUUUUAUCAAGCAUAUCCAAAUAAUCCAUGAAGUGCAAGAUAUUGUGAUUCCCAAGGCUGUUGCAUCCUGUGAUGCAAAGAAUCUGUAUUUGCUGGUUAACUAUGGAAACUUGAAGGCAUACUGGCUUCCAUUUAUUGGCAAUACACUUAUAACACCAAAAUUUGCAGAUGAAAACAGCUAUGCAUUGAUAGAUAAUGGUACACACAUCCUGUUUGGUAUCCCACACACUGCAGCAGGUGUAAUAACCGAGGAAUUGAAUCUCUAUAGCUUUAAAGCUCGGUUCAACUUGACUUUGAAGUCCAAAAAUACUCCGGGUAUUGAAAUCAACUUUUUUGUGUCCUGCAAAUUUCCUACCGUAGAAUUUAUAGUGUGCUUUCCAAAUGGAACUAUGGCAGUGGUGGCUGUGGUAGAGACGGUACCUGAUUUAGACCCUGGUAAGAUGGUGCUGAAAGAUGGAAAAUGUCACCCACAAGAGUUUGAUCAGGAUAAAGCAUUCUUCCGAUUUAAUGUUGAUAGUUGUGGCACUACUCACAUGAUUAAAGGAAACUACUUGAUUUAUGAGAAUGAAGUUUCAUAUCCAAGAGAAUUGAUACCCGUUGAUUCCCCAGUGAUAACCAGAGACCCUGAAUACCGGUUGACUGUCUCUUGUCAUUAUCAAAUAAAUGAGACCCUGGUUGUUGGGUUUGCCAGAGACUAUAAGAAAAGUUUGAUUGUUUCUGCUCCUGCAGCAACUGACUGGUAUAUUGUGAGAGACGCUUCUUAUCUGGACUUCUACAGAGAAGAUGAAUACCCAGUUGUGAAAUACUGGACUGAUUCACUAUAUUUUGAAGUUGAACUAAGUGACCAAGGCCCCCAAACUGAAUUAUUAUUAGAUCGCUGCUGGAUAACUGAAUCUCCUGAUCAUCAUAGCUUACCGGAGAGGAUUAUAAUUCAGAAUGGGCAAGUAUUGAAAUGAGUGGAUCUUGCUACCUAUUUAUUCUUAGAACUAAACAUUACCUUUCCAUAUU